GAUUCUUAACUCCCAGAAAUGUCGAUUGUGCAAUGCAAAAGGGGAUUUUUGCAAUGAACUCAGCAGGCUCCACCCACUUGCAUAUGGAUAUUUAAAAAGCACGUAGCGACACCAGCCUGGACUCAAGAGAGGAAGUGGGACUAUAAGAGAUCGUGUUCGUAAAGCGCCGCUCCGUCCAACAUGCACACUCUGGAAACACCGCAUGUAGGUCAGCCAAAAGGGCCUGCAGACCAACAACAACAUACCAAGCUCGCCACCAGGAGGCACUAAAGGGUGACUCCUAUUUCAGGGAGACUUUUGGCCUUGCUUCAUGCCUUUGAGCUGCUGAACUCGGAAACUAAAAUGAGGAUUGAACCGUCACAGAUUUCUCUCUAUCCUGAUGCAGUGGCAUAUGAAACAGAUACAUACAGCAAGCAUCCAGCUCCUUUUUGCUCCUACUAUGUUGCUGAACCAGAACAACCCUCAGAUCAUUACUGGACGGGCUCUGAACAUCACAGCCUGAGCUAUGAUCAUUUUGAUGGUGGGCAGUUCACCCAGCUUCAGAAUGUGGCAGUCUCCCACCUGCAGAGUUUGUACCCACAGUUCCCACUGGAGGUUGUCAGCACCCCAGACCCCUCACUGCCAAACCAUACCACCUGCCCACUGGAGGAGGACUACAAUCAGCAGGUUUUCCCUAUGUUGUACCCUUCCUUCCAGACGCCCACUGAUUUGUCGAGCCCAUCGAUAUCUGAAGAUGACGACUAUAACCUGGGCAGCCCCGUGCUGGAGGUUUCUGACAGUGAGUUUGACGAGAAUGUCCCUCCCAGAGAGUCAUCCACCCAUGAUGGAGGUGUUCGGAAGAAGGUGCGUCUCUACCAGUUCCUGCUGGAGCUUCUGAAGAGUGGGGACAUGCGGGACUGCGUCUGGUGGGUGGACCGUGAGAAGGGCACUUUCCAGUUCUCCUCCAAACACAAGGAGGUGCUGGCCCAUCGCUGGGGCAUGCAGAAGGGCAACCGCAAGAAGAUGACCUACCAGAAGAUGGCCCGGGCCCUGAGGAACUACGGCAAGACUGGUGAGAUCCGCAAGAUCAAGAAGAAACUUACCUACCAAUUUGAUGGCAUGCUGUUGUCUCAGAAGAAAUCUGAAUGUAAAACCAGCUAUUUGCCAUAAAGUCACAGGAGGGGCCCUUUUCACUUUAGUUUUGGACUCUUCCGUUUUGGACUGUCAAUGUUUAUUAAGACAUGAAGGCUGGUCUUGACACUGCACUUACUUCCUUAUUUUGCGUUGUGUUUCUGCCUUGGUUUUCGAGAGCACUGUUGAAAGUCGCCAAUGCCAUAGCUUCUCAAUGUGAUAAAUGCCGAGGCUCACAAACUGGACGCUACCUGCUGUUUUUCGAAUAGAGCUGUGCAGCCCAUUUGGUUUCUCCAGAAAACCUCUGAAGGCCAUUGAUUAGUCAAAAGGAGAUGCCCUUUACUUGCCCCUGCUCCCCCCCCCCCCCCGACUAGGCUAGGGCUGGUUAGCCAUUUAUGGGAGUUCUUAAAAGGGAGUUCAUUAAAAAUCUCUACACUUUGGAGAGAAACCUUUUCUACUGCUUUGGGUUUGGGGCUGGGUUGGGGAGAGGAAUUUCCAGGACAGGGGUACUUAUCAGUAGGAUCAGAACUAUGCCAUCCAGGACAGAAUUUAGGAACAGCAUCAUGUCCAUGCGAAUUAUUCUCAUACAAAACCAGCCAAUGCUAACUCAGUUCAUCAGAGAUGGGAUAACAAGGUGUAGAGCUGGAUGAACACAGCAGGCCAAGCAGCACCAGAGGAGCAGGAAGGCUGAUGUUACGGCCUGGACCCUUCUUACUAUCUCUCCUCAUCAGAGAUGGGCAGAGUUUUGCUAACUCAGGAUAUUAUGAGAUACAGAGCCAAGGCAGUUACAGAUACAGAUUCACCAUGAUCUUGCUGAAUGUAUUUUGGCCUGUGCUCAGCAUCAACCCUACUUCAGAAUGGGGCUCGAGCUUUGAGGGCAUUGUUGGACAAGUUAAAGUGUUCAGACUUCCCUUGCUUCAGGUUGGAGGACAUGAGCUUUAUGUAUCCCAUUGAUAGAAGGUGCUAUCUGCAGACCUGGUCCAAGUCUGUUGUGACUGAGUGCUGCUUGGAGCUGUAGGGCUGGAGGUCAUGGGUGGGGAGGCAAUGAGUAUCUACGACCCAAACACACGGCACUUUUGGGGAAAAACAGCUUACCAGGGUUUUGCUAAGUUCUUUUCUUUAAAUUAUUCUUUCAUGGGACAUGGCACUGUUAGCCAGGCCAGCAUUUAUUUAUUGUCCAUCUCUAAUGGCCCUGGAGAAGGUAGAGGUGAGCCACCUUCAUGAUCUGUGGCAAUUCAUUUGGUUUCAUUUACAGCCCCAGUGCCAUUAGAGAGGGAGUUCCAGGAUUUGGACCCAACAGCACUGAAUGAACAGCCAAUCUUGAUAUUCCAAGUCGGGUACUCUCAGGUUCCCGUGAAUCUGCUGCCUUGUCUGUUUAGAUAGUAGAGAUUGUGUGUUUGGAAGGUGCUGCCAAAGGGGCUUUGCUGAGUCACUGCAGUGCACCUUGUAGAGGGUAUGCACUGCUGCUACUAAGCUUUGGUGGUGCAGGGAGUGGAUGUUUAAGUUGGCAGGUGGGGUAACAAACAAGUAGAGGCUGCUUUGUCCCAUUGCAGUGUUCUGUUUAUUUUCGAAAGCGUGCUUUUAUUGUAAAUUUUAUGUUAAAGACUGUUUGUCAUUAAGAAGCAGGUUAGUGCCUGCAUGCUGCAGUGAGAAGAUGCAUUUCUCUUUCCCAUGGUGACAUCAAAGGCUGCACCCCACGGGAAAGCAUUAAUGGAAUGGUUACUGCACUUGGGGACGCAAGGUUAAAUUCUUUAAACACCUUAUUUCAAAAAAUGAGAUGUAUCUGUGUAUAUUUUGAAAGCAAAGCAGGCGAGGGUUAGGGAGGGAAGAUCGGGUUGUAAUUGGUAAGAGGGUUGCGGGGGGGAACGCGGUGGGGCUUGAGAAGAAUCUAAAGAAUCUGAGGAGAUUCCUGCAUCGUUUCUGGCCUUGGGUUUUAUCUUGUGAAGAUUGUGCGUGCUGAAUUGAGUUGUUAUAAAGCCUAAGUAUUUUU